UGUGAGCAGUUAGCUGAAGGGGGCGGUGGACGGGGAGGAGCCCUCCUCAGUAAUCUAAUCUCCGCUCUCUCUGCAAGUGCCUUUGGGGCACAUUCCUCCCAAACAGACCGUCAAACCGAGCCAGAGUCUCCCGUUCUUCACCUAUAAUGGCUUAUCCAGCGGGUCCCGCUAUGUAUCCUGCAGUGAUGGGCAUGCAGGCCCCAGUUAUGUACAAUCCUGUUCCUGGAUAUGAGGGGCUUGCCCCAGGGGCGAGCGGUGGCUUUAUCCCUCCUCCACCUGUUCAGCCCAUGCCAACUCCUGACUCACAGCCUGCGCAAGAUUGGAGUAUUCCUGCUCUCACUAAGGAAGCCGCCAAAGAGGCAUUCCGCAAGCAUGUAGACAGCAACUGUUGCUGGUCAUCUGGCCCAGCGACAGAUGGCACGAUUACCAACAUGGAGCAGUUCAACACCUACCGUUAUCGACUGGAGACCUACAGUGAGUCCAGAAAAACGGAAUGGGCCACUAAGCCUUAUGAUGGUCAGCCAGUGAAUGCUUUCACACAGCCUCCUCCUGGUCCGUGGCAAAUCCCUGUUAACACCCCUGAAAUGUUUAAAGAUUCUGUUCAGGAAGUUGAAGUUCCCUACACCUCAUCGGUCAAGCCAUGUGAGAAGUGCUCGGCCACUGGGAAAUGUGCCUGCGCUGCAUGUACUGGCUCAGGGAAUAAAGUGUGCCAGACAUGCAGUGGCUCUGGGAAAGUGUCUGGAGAGGAAAGCUGCAAUGAGUGCAACGGGACAGGAAAAAAAAAAUGUAAUGAUUGUUCAGGUCAAGGAACGGUACAGUGUGCAACCUGCAAAGGGAAGCGGCAGCUGCUAUCCUACAUCAAACUUACUGUGGAAUGGAAAAACAAUGUUGAGGAUUUUAUGGCAGAGCAGGCGAGUGGUUUGAAGGCGGAGAAGCUGAAUGAUGUCAGUGGGAAGCAACUCUUUAAAGAUACAAAGUACAUGGUAUAUCCACUGCUUGGAUUCCCAGACCAAAACGUGGUGCAGGCAUCUGAAAGAAUGAUUAGGGAGCAUCAGAGCAAAUAUUCUCAGUCUGCUCGCAUCCUACAACAGCAACAAUGUGUGGAACUGAUUCCCAUCACCAAGGUGACCUACGAGUGGCAGGGAAAAUCCUAUGUUUACUAUGUUUUCGGUAAUGAGUCAAAAGUUAAAGCAGACGACUAUCCAGCUACAUGUUGCUGCACUAUACUCUAAAAUGUGAAGCCAUAUGCCCUGGUUAGGACAAUUAACUUCAUGCAUAAGCCUAUAUUAGUAGUAUCUUCAUGACAUAAUUACAACAGGUAAACUCUUAAAUCGACCGUUCAUGUUAAAAAAAACAAAUUUACUUCCACUGUAUUAAAUGUACUUGACUCAAAUGUGUAAUUUCUACAUAGAGGAAAUAUAUUACAUCAGCACCAGGUUUCUCUUUUACUUUACUUACUUUUGAUAAUAACUGUGCUGAUAUCAUAUAUGUUAUUCAUGUGGAACUGAAGUACACUUUUGAAUCAUGUAAUUAUAAAAACAGGUUACAUUUUUCACUGUAUAAACAAGAAUUCUGUGCAUGAUAUGUAAUGUAAUUAUUGUGUUCCAUAAUUGUGAUUGUGCUAUGCAUUAUUAAGGUACUAACUCAGCUUAGAAAGUUAAUCUACUAAACAAUAUAAUGUAACACAAGUAUAUAUUACAUUGCAUGGCGUAGCUACUAACAGCGACCUGUAUUAUAUAUUCUUGUCAUAACUAAAAGAUAUGAGGGCUCUCUUUGCUUGUACUAAACCACUGUCUCAGUAUACUUUAUAUAUAAACCUGUGGAGACAUAGAGAGGUCAGCGUUGUAUUAUCAAAUUAUCAUUUUUAUUUUUUUAUUUUUUAACUUUUUUAGAAAUCAUUUUAAAAACAAUAUGAACAUUGAACGAUGAAUAUACCAGUGGUUCAAAAUAACAUUGAAGUUAAACUUACAUUGAAGUAUUUUCCUUCUUCUUCAGUGUUACCAACUAGGAGAUGCAAAACUUAAUGACAGCGGUGGCAUGUAGAACUUUUUAAAACCACUAAGAAGUCUAUGGGAUAUGACCUAUCAGAUAUGUUCAGAUCUCUCAGAUAUGUUCUUUCUGCCUUUCAUUUUAAAGCAUUCAAAAGAGCCAGCAUGAGGGAUUAAUAACUAGCAAACAAAUCCACGAAUGAAAUUAGCAGCACGUUCGUUUCCUUUUCAGUGGUCUCUUCCUUUCAAAGCACUGCAGCGUUGAUAAUCAAUAUAGUUCCAUCCAAACAUAACAAACGUUAUAGUAAUAAAGUUAAUCUAUCUCAAACGUAGUUGGCUAUGUCUGAGCAGCAUAGUGUAACCCUUUGCAGAUUGUCUACCCUUCUGUAGCAGUAGGCCUAAGCCCUCGUUUCCACAGAGGAAAUGAAAAAUUCUGUACAGCGGAACAGCAGUGGCCUGCUUUUGUAGAUACUUGAAAACACAGAAGGACUAUCAUAUUUCAUGUUGGUCGUGUAGGCCAGUCGAAUGCCUGAGUGGGGUGUGGUAGGUCCCCUGAAGAAUAUGUAGGCCUAAUGUGUGAAUCUAAACAAGGAAAUUUUAAAUGUUGUUAGUGCUGGCUUGUGCUGGUCAAGAUCGAUUGCCAGCAUGUUACAGUUGAUUAUGCUGCCCAAAAGUAUCCAGACAGCCCUUCUUAGUUAAUUCAGCUAGUCUAGGGUGCACCCGUUGCUGGCACACUGCUUGUACAGUCCUCAUAGAAAAGCACUGAUGAAGAAUGUGAAGCUCGGGAGCAGCUCCAUGUGAGAUUAAGAUUAAAUGCCCAAUGCCAAGCAUGGGCUUGAGCGGUAUAAAGCCCCCCAGUACUGGGCUCUGGAGCAGUGGAGCUGUGUUCCCUGGAGUGAUGGAGCUCCAUCCAGUAACUAUGCGAUGAGCUGGAGUGUCCAGAACUGAAUCAGUAUUUGGUCUCACUAAUGCUGUUGUGGCUGAAUGCAAUCAAAUCCUCACAGCAAAUGUUCCAACACAUAGUGUAAAGCCUUCCCAGAAGAGUAGAGGCUGUUACUGCAGCAAAGGAGGUACUUGCUCUCUAAACAAUAUAAUGUAACACAAGUAUAUAUUACAUUGCAUGGCGUAGCUACUAACAGCGACCUGUAUUAUAUAUUCUUGUCAUAACUAAAAGAUAUGAGGGCUCUCUUUGCUUGUACUAAACCACUGUCUCAGUAUACUUUAUAUAUAAACCUGUGGAGACAUAGAGAGGUCAGCGUUGUAUUAUCAAAUUAUCAUUUUUAUUUUUUUAUUUUUUAACUUUUUUAGAAAUCAUUUUAAAAACAAUAUGAACAUUGAACGAUGAAUAUACCAGUGGUUCAAAAUAACAUUGAAGUUAAACUUACAUUGAAGUAUUUUCCUUCUUCUUUCCUUCUAAAGCCUUCCCAGAAGAGUAGAGGCUGUUACUGCAGCAAAGGAGGUACUUGCUCUCUAUUAAUACCCUUACCGGGGUAUAUAUCUUGUGGGAAGGGUUAUAAUAGAGUACACUAUUAGGGAUUUUACAUAAACCACCAUGCUAACCCGGUAGCUUAUGGCCUUCUGUGCUAGCAAAAGAAACAUAGACCAGCAUGUGUUGUGUUUUAGAUGCUGGUGUGCUGGUGAGCUAGCACUACCAUGCUGGAUGACCAGCACCAGACUACCUCUAGUCCAGCAUACCCUAUUGAAAAACACACCUUAGGCAAGUGUACCAGAAUCCAAAACAUGCUGGUUUUGGUGGUGAUAAGCAGAACAGCUUCCAAAAUACAUCAUGUGCUGUUUUUUUCUAGCAGGGUAAACCAACAUAAACCAGCUUAGAUGUGACAGCCCUGCUGGUCUAAGCUGUUUUUUGUGGUUAACCACCACUAAAGAACAUGGACUAGCUUUCUAAAGAGUGCAAAGCAGACCCUCUUAUGGAAGGUUUUCUUUAGGACUUAUGAACAUGGUUGAAAAAUGGUAAUUUAACAUAUUAAUGCUGGAUUUUGUAGUUAAUCGCACUAUAAUCUAAGGUGAAAGUUCUUUUGCCCUAUCUCUGUGUAUGUGCAAGUCCUCUCUGUGUCACCCUGAAGGGUAGGUUGGAGCUUUGGAAUAUGCUGGAGUGCUACAAGUUGUAUCGCUGUCUUACAACCAGGGCUGAGAAACACUGUUCAGUCCCAUUUGAACAUAAAAAUGUAUCUAUGAUGCUUCAACAAGAGACACUUGGGCAUUGUUUAUGUCCUUAGUGCUGCAGACUAGCAUACACAGUUAAGAUAUCAGAUGUGAGAGGCUUAGUUUGAUCAUAUUUUAAUUUGCGUCCUUCUGAUUUAUUAUGCAUAUAUGUUUACACUCUUAUUCAGCCGCAAUUAGGUACGAUCAGUAUAUUCUGACCUCUUUUGUAAUCUUUUGACCAAUAAAAAAUGGAAAUGUGAAAUAUGUGAACUGGUGUAAUCAGGCGCAUAGCCUCAUCUUCAAACAAGUACGUGAUUAUGUUUUUUUAAUGUAGCUGUAAAUGGACGAAUAAAACUGGAAUAGCUGUUGUAGGGUGACAUCGCGUUUUUAGAAGACAAAUGAGGUGUCGCAGAAGGCCUAGAGCUGAAAGAAAGAAGGUGAUUGAAAAAGAAAGAAGUGUUACAACUAUGCUAGAACUCAGUGAAGUCAGAAAUUGCAUGUGAGGAUAGGUGAGGUAGUUGGGGAGGUGUCCUCACCCCAGAGCAGUUAAAAAGAAAGGUCUGAUUUCUCUGUUUUGUCAGCUGUUGCUCACGAGGACAACUCAGGAUUAACAUGUUAUCUUUAAAUAAACGAUCUUGUUUUCUGCCA